AUGGACCAGGCUAUUUUUUCUCUCAAACGUAGGUUUAAACAAUUUCAAGCAUACGGUUGCAUCUGCAGAAAGAAGUUUUUCGAAGUUAAAGUUGAUCAAAUCCUACCUUCGAUCAACGAUGUCUCAAGAAAGAUUAAACGGACUAGCGAUGUUAUCCAUUGAAGCAGAUAUGCUAAGUAGUAUUGACUAUGAUAGUAUUA